AUCCUCCCAGGCAAUGACAUCAUGGGAUAUUUGAUCACCUUGUGAUUGGGGCUGGGGCGGGCUCCAGAGCUGCCAUUGUUGUGGCAGCACCCGUGUGUGUCAUCUGAUGGCAGCACAACCACUCUGCCUGUGUGGCCACUUGACAGCCCACUUCAGACUGUCUCUCCCCUUUCAGAUGUGACAUGGGGAGCUUGCGUUGUGUAUCUUGCUGCCUUGAGGCGUCUGGUUUUCUUGUGUGUGUGUGUCCCUCUGAUUGUUUACAUUCUCGGGGCAAGGCUCGGCGAGGACAAUGUGCUCGUGCACUUUUUCCACAGCCGUCUGUCCAUAAGAACAGUGUGUGCUAUGUGUGUACAUUUGUGUGUGUGUGCGUGUGCGUGUGCGUGUGCGUGUGCGUGUGCGUGUGUGUGUGUGUGUGCGUGUGUCUGUGUGUGUGUGUGUGUCCGCUGUCACACACACACUGCCCAUAUUGACUGACUCACGGACAAAAGCAAUCAAGCAGACCUGAGGGACCUUGUGGGGAAGUGAGACACAGCUUUACUGCUUGCUUAGAUCUCGUGGUGCUCUUGUCAGGAUACUUUGUUCCUUACUCAACUCAUUCACAAGUGUAUGUGUUUGUGGGCAUUCUUGUCGACAAACCAUGCCUGUAUAUCCGUUCCUGAAUGCGUCAUCUACAAUGAUUUCUACGAGAGGAAGAGGAAGGCAACAGUCAUUAGGAAAUGAUUCCCCAUGAAGCCAAGAGAACGCUUCUUCACAGCAGGCACUCCUCUCAAUACUUCAGACUGAGAGCCAGGCCUAGCAGACCUUAGUGUGCUACAACAGAGUGUGAAAAACAAACUGACACAGACACAGAGAGAAAGAGUGUCAUACAGGGAUAGAAAGAGACAAACCGAGAGAGAGAGAGAGAGAGAGAGAGAGAGAGAGAGAGCUCUAACAAGGACAUAGGACAGAAAAAAAACAUCGCCUCUCUCUUUCACAGAACAAGAACUACAACUAAUCAAACCAGGAGGACGCCGCCAUGAAGUCGAGCCAGGAGCGCGGUAACGAGUGCCUGCCCCCGAAGAAGCGGGAGCUGCUGGUGCUGGAGGAGCGGGCGCUGGCAGCUGUUGGGGAGAGCCAGCGGGGCGAGAACCUGGCCUGGCUAGCCAGCGUGGCCAGCAUGGCCUCUAUGGCCCCGGUGGGGGGCAGCCAGGGCAACAGCAGCGGUGGGAAUGGCACAGUCGAGUCGCAGAGCCCGUCGCACGAGAUCCUGUCCAUGGUGACCGAGUUCCAUCCCUCCUUCUCGACGCCGUCGUCAUCAUCUUUGUCUUUGUCGUCCUCUUCUUCGUACACCUUCUCUUCGUCCACUACGUCCAUGUCCAGAGGAGUCGGCGCCGGAGUUCCGCAGUCGGCCGGUCAACCCACCGUCCUCUCCACCGGACUGGCCCAGCCGGCCGGGACCGUCCAGUACGCACCGCUGCCCCAGAACCUCCAGCUCAUCGGGCCCUACACGGGCUACAUCUCCUCCCAGGUGCUGCCUUCGGCCGCCAGCCCCGCUGGACAGCACCCGCGGCCUCAGACGGAGGCGUACGUCACGGCGGUUGUCUCCCAGGCCGCCUCCAACGGAGACCACCACCACCUUCACCACCACCACCACCACCCACAGCAGCACCAUCAGCAGCAGCAGCAGCACCAGCAGCAGCAGCCAGGCCUGGGGGCAGCGACGUUGGCCGUGUCCGGUGGGGUGACCUCCCCUGUCCCCCAGCUCACCCAGCCCUCCACCCAGUGCAUCCAGCUGGACGGCUCCUCCCUUGGGGUGUCCGUGAGCUCCCCGACCGGCCAGCUCCCGCUGCACCUCCACCCCCACAACGCCACGGUCCUCACCCCCCACACGCUUACUCUGGGCACCUCCCAGCUGCUGGUGCACUACGCAGAUGCUCCCCAGGCCAAGCUGGCCGACGGCGGUCAGAGCAGGGAAAUCUACAACGGGGAGAUUGUGGAGACGACCGGCGUGGGCAGACACGCGGCUGCUGGUGGCGUGCUGAAGGUGGCGACGGUGCCGCACGAUAACGACCAGCGGUCACAAGCCCAUGGUAUGAGCCUGGCGGCCCGGACCCAGGUGCUGCUGCCCGCGGAGUACCAAGACAGCACCGGCCUGCACACCUCUCUCAUGCUGGUGCCCAGCAGCGCGGCUGACCUCCAGCGCAGCCUCGGCAAGGACCUGAGCGGCCUGCCCCGGGCCGAGAAAGGGGGCAUCUGUGUGGGCAAGCCCAUCUCGCGGGACUCCCGAGACUCGCGGGGCUCCACGCUCUCGCUGUCGUCUCUGGAGAGCUUGGCCUCGCCAGCGCCUACUCUGUCGCCCCACGCUCUCCUCCAGACCACCCACGCCAGCACCCAGGAGAUGGCGGCGGCCGGCAUCUACUCGGCCACGCCGCUGCCCAUCAUCGGCUACAUCUCCGGCGGGGCGUCGCAGCAGCACGGCGGCUACCACGGCAACCUGACGCAGCACCUGCUCAUCUCGGGCAGCCCGUCGUUGCUCAUCCCCGUCAGCACGGGGCCGGGGCCGGGGGAGAGCGAGCACACGGCCCGCGCGAUCGUCACCGCCCCCUCUGCGGUCGUCACCGUCUCCUCCAGCAGUCACCAGGCGUCUGUGGCGCAGGCGCCUCCUCUGGCCACGGCCGCCCACGCCUACGUCAGCCCGAUCCCCGUCGCCACCGCUGCCCUCCCCGACCCCGGCGCCGCCGCAUUGUCGGACGGUCAGCAGAACCAACACAUGGUGCAGGUGUCCCCGCAGCAGGCCCACGUCGUCCAGCUGCCUCCGCAGCCCGCCGCUGCCGCGGCCCCUGUCUCUCCCUCGGCCUCGCUGCCGCCCUACUUCAUGCGCGGCUCCAUCAUCCAACUGGCCGACGGGGAGCUGAAGCGUGUGGAGGACUUGAAGACGGAGGACUUCAUCCAGAGUGCCGAGGUCAGUGGUGACCUCAAGAUCGACUCGAGCACCGUGGAGCGCAUCGACUGCAGCCAGACGCCUGACGUGGUCGUCAUACAGUUCUCCGUCGGGGAGCACAAGGCACAGGUGAGAGUGGAGGUCCUGGUCGAGUACCCGUUCUUUGUUUUUGGGCAGGGCUGGUCCUCCUGCAGCCCUGACAAAACCACCCAGCUCUUGGAGCUCUCCUGUGCCAAGCUCUCUGUGGGCGACGUCUGCAUCUCCCUCACACUCAGAAGCGUGAGGAACGGCUCGCUGAGGAAAGAGCAAACCACAGAGCCUGUGGGCACCAACUCCGCCAAACCAGCCAAGGUUGGGGGACCACCCAGAGAUCACGAGGCCCCGCGAGAGGGCCUGGCCAAUGGGCCGCGGCUGGUCAGUCAGCGCGCCCCUGGAAGCAGCGGGCCUGGAGGAGAACCAGCGGCCGGAGGUGGGGAGCAGCAGCAACACGUUCGGACGAUCCAGAUCCACCAGACUCUCGUGGAGAACGGCAGGACGGGGGAGCCAAAGGUCGUGAGCGCGCCCCUGGAGUCCGCUGGGGCCCCGGAGAGGCCGACGGCCAGCCGCAAGAGGCGGUGGUCAGCCCCUGAGAAUCGGGAGGCGGAGCGACUGUACGAGGAGACACCUCCCACUUCCACGCUCCCUAAACUUGCUUUCAUUCCUCAGGAGGUCAAAAUCAGCAUCGAGGGCAGGUCAAGUACUGGUCGUUGAAGGCUCUUGCUUGUGGUGAGCAGAGGGACAAUGAAAGGCGUAAAAAAAAAGAAGUUCUUUGUGUUUGUGAUUAAUAUACACUUAAAAAAGACAUAUAUGAAUAUAUAUAUAUUUUUCCUUUCUAUCCUGAUUACUGUAACUUUUGCUCAAUUUACACAGUAUUUACUUCUUCUGACUGUUGCUUUGUUUUGUAACCACACGUAGACCUCCUUUGAAGUGAGUUGCACAGGGAGUCGUCGAUAGUCGUCGACAGGGGCGUCGCUGAGGGGCGGGGGGGUUAGGACGAUUCUAAGGGCCCAGCACUGACAGGGGGCCCCCAGAGACCCCCCCCAAUAAUACUAUAUAUUAUCAGGGGCCCAGAAUUAUUGUCUGUCAUAGGGCCCAAAUUAUCUAGCAGCGCCCCUGGUCGUCAGGGACAGAAGUACAGUUGGCAUGGAGAAAACCAGUGCACACUACUGCAUUUAGUACUGGAUGCUGAUGUCCAGUCACAAUUUUGACAUGAAUGUGUAUUUCUCCCCCUCCAUGCCACUCCACAGGCUAAGGGAGGAGAGAGGCUGGUUCCAACCUGUUUAGUCGCUGCUCCACUCCCUCCAGCCUUGCUGUUUCCCCUUGGAUGUAUAUGGCUAACAUGCUACCUAGCAAUGCAUCACUUACAUUGGCUCUCUACAUACAUAAGAGAAAUACUGUAGGUCUUGUGGAUGGAUCUUGUAAAGGAGCAUGCUAACUUGCAAGGCAUAGUUUUUUUUUGAAGAUAUGAGCUGGGGGGACAUAAAAGGAGCAAAAACGUUCAGUAACCAGGUCAGUAAAGCGCAGUAAACAUUAAAGGUGACUUUUCCUGAGGUAGAAUGUUUAAGAGAAUUAAUAUUUGCAUCAGACCAGUCCAAUAGCAGAUGCCAACCUUGUGCACAGGAAACAAAAGCCUCAUUUUGACUCAUCCGGUGCCCGGCUGUUCAGAAACGUAUACACCCUGUUUAGUAGCACUUUACCCAACAAAAAGCAAACUUGCAGAUGGAAAACACCCACCUCUGUUUUGUUUCCAUGGCAACGGGGCGUGUUAGUGAGAAUUGCGUAUGAUGUCAGCACCAUUCUGUCUAUUUCAGCCUGUCCUGUGUGACCUCAGAAUCAUUGCAUACAGUUUAUGCUGGUUUCUUUAUAGUGGAGGCUGUAUUUGAGCUAAACUACUUAGCCUAGCUCAUAUUUCAGCAGAGCAAAAACAGCAGAUGCUACUUACUUGACUUAACUUGCAGGUCCAAGAGAAGUUUUCUUUUUGUUUUGGUGGGUGUGUGGAUUAUAGGUGUAAUGUGUAAGUCAAACAUGAAUGUAAGGUGCUGUCCAUUCCAGUUUCUGAAUACAUGACCUCACUGCUAUGCCCGUCCUUGGAAGUUGCAACACUUGUCUGUGGGAAAUGAAUUGAAAAGCUCUCUCUCGAGUAACUUUAACACAGUUCAGCAGUAAGAGGGACACAUUUACAGCAACUGGAAUCCAGCAAUGAUAGUAAAAAGCCUAUGGACGAGAACCGUUUCCACUAAUCACAGGCUUUCUGUCCUUGGGGAAUAUGAGCACAAUAUGCAGCUCCAAAGAGAAGGUUUAAAUGGAUGACUACAGCAUGGACAAACAUGAGGACAUGCCCAACAUGCACCAAGUCUAUACUCAGAACGUCCCUCUUCAGCUGUGAACCAGCUUUAGCCGGAAGUCAGACAGAGACUCAGACAGUCUCAAAGGGAAAUUAAAUGUUCAAUAGCUCUAAACAAAUCAGGGUGAGCAUUUUCAAACUUAAAGGGAUAUUCCACCAUUUGGAGAAAUACACUAAUUUCCCACCUCCCCUUUUAGCUCCAGCUCAUUGAAUCAGAUUAGACCGUUAGCUUAUAGCAGAGAUGCUAACGCUCUAAUCUGAUUCAAUGAGCUAGAGCUAAAAGUGCUACUGUCAGAGAACGGCUGGAUGAACUAGGGAAAGGUAAAACUCAAUUGUUUAACUCGAGGGGAGGUGGAAAAUGAGUGUAUUUCCCCAAAUGGUGGAAUAUCCCUUUAAGUAACCAUACAAAAAACACACUUUUUUUUUUACUUGUACAGCAUUGUCUUGUAUAGUUCAAAGAUGUUGGUUGGAUCUAUAAUGUGGUUUAGGGUUACUUUUGAACCAAAAGCUGGCAUUCACACACUCAUGUGGUAUCUUGUUCCAUGUCUAUAGCUCCCCACAAAAAAAACUGAAUGCCGUAGCUAGCCCUUCUAUAUGGUCAACAAGCAAAAAACACUCAAAGGAAUGCCACAAAUAAAUUCUUCAAAAUGUAGCCUACAGCAAGUUCGUUGAAUACAUUUUGAAUUCAGAUAACAAAAAUGGCAUGGAAUACUUUCUUCUCAGACUUACAUCUACAAAAUUAUACAUACUAUCUUCUCAGACUCAAUAUAAUUUUGUAGAUUCUUUUUUUUUUGCCGUCCACAACCUCUGGCUACAGAUGCAUAUUCAUCAUGCUCUGCACAGAUUGCAUAACCUCUGACUAAACUAGUCUUUGAGUCUUGUUUGGGAACGCUGCCCAUCUGUGAGCGUAGUGUGUGUGUGUGUGUGUGUGUGUGUGUGUGUGUGUGUUUGUGUGCGUGUGUGUGUGCUGUGUGCUUACUGUGUUGGAUCUCGAUUCCUUAUGGAGAGAGAGAGAGAGAGAGAGAGAGAGAGAGAGAGAGAGAGAGGCUUGUUUGCAGAGCUGACAGAUGUUGGUGUGAUGUGAUAUAGACGCACCAUGGAUUCUCUACGUGUCUGUGAACCUAAUGUCUUUAAGGAUCUCAUCAUGGCUGCAUAAGUGGAUGUCCAUAAAUCAGUGUCCCAGCCCCAUGACACCACAGGCAAAGUGAGCCCUUCGCCUCCCUCUUCUCACUUUUGUAAUGGUACUCCGCAAGUCAUUGAACUGACAAAGCAUAGACCACUGGUGUCCCUAUGGUAUAAUUUGUACUGAAAGCAUUGCAGAUAAACAAGAAAUUAAUCAAAGCUCUACCCCCAAACACCCACCCCAACCCCCCGCUUAUGCACAUCCAACUGCUCUCUAGUACAUGUUUUAUAUGUACAAUUGUGCAAUAAUAUGCUUGGUGUGAUAAAGUCUGGUUCAUCACACGAUCCCGCAUUGUAUAUGAGCAUGAAUGACCCAUUUUUGACGUCAUUCCCUUGAAUUUUGCGAUUUGCACAUCUAUUUUGAUGAAAUGUGUAGAGUCUGCAGUGUAGCCUGUGUCACUAUCUCAGACUGUGAGCUCAGUGUUAUCCAUUAGCAUUUGGGUCUAACUGAGGUGU